AAAUAAUAAAUUUAUUUAGCUCAAGACAGUGCAGUGAUAAACAUGGUUAGAGCAAAAUUGAGGCUAGGGAAGUUAUUAGUUGUGUUGGCAGCUCUCUUAGUAAGUUCUGAGGCAGCAAAUUUAAAAUGGUGGCAAACGGCCUCAUUUUAUCAAAUCUAUCCUAGAUCGUUUAAAGAUAGUAAUGGAGAUGGUGUGGGAGACUUAAAAGGUGUUACCCAACAAUUGCCUUAUUUAAAGGAGAUUGGCAUUACCGCUACUUGGUUGUCGCCUAUUUUCACCUCUCCCAUGGCGGAUUUUGGCUAUGAUGUGGCCAAUCUUACAGAAAUUGAUCCCAUAUUUGGUACCAUGGCGGAUUUUGAAACUUUGGUGGAGACAGCCAAAAAGAUUGGUGUAAAAAUUAUUUUGGAUUUUGUACCCAAUCACACCAGUGAUGAGUGUGAAUGGUUUAUUAAAUCGGCCGCAAAUGAUCGUACAUAUAAAGAUUUCUAUGUUUGGCAUCCGGGUAAAAUUGUAGAUGGUGUGAGACAGGCACCUACCACCUGGAUAAGUGUGUUUCGUGGCAGCAUGUGGACUUGGCAUGAGGAGCGACAGGAGUAUUAUUUGCAUCAAUUUCAUGCCAAGCAACCGGAUUUGAACUAUCGUAAUCCCAAGGUUAUGGAAGCCAUGAAAGAUGUUUUGCGUUUCUGGUUGCGUAAGGGUGCCUCUGGCUUUCGUGUAGACGCUGUACCCCAUACUUUCGAAAUUGCUCCCGAUAGUGAGGGCAAUUAUCCAGAUGAACCUCGCAAUACCAAUAAUAAUGAUCCCGAGGACUACGAAUAUUUUCAGCAUAUUUAUACCACCAAUCAACCGGAAACAAUUGAUAUGAUCUAUCAAUUCCGCGAGGUAAUGGAAGAAAUGAAUAAGGAAUUGGGUGGUGUUGAUCGUAUCUUAAUGACAGAGGCCUAUGCUCCCUUGGAUGUGAUCAUGCAGUAUUAUGGCAAUGCUACACAUGAUGGUGCACAAAUUCCCUUUAACUUUGAACUCAUCAGUAAUCUACAUAAAGAUUCCACAGCCCAUCAUUAUAAAGAAUUGAUAAACAAUUGGUUGUCAAAUAUGCCAGCUGGCAGAACAGCCAAUUGGGUGGUGGGAAAUCAUGAUCGCAAUCGUGUAGCUUCACGUUUGGGUGAAGAUAAGAUUGAUUUAAUCAAUAUGUUGGUAUUGACUUUACCCGGCUGCAGUGUCAACUAUCAGGGUGAGGAAAUCGGCAUGACAGAUGUUUGGAUUUCCUGGAAUGAUACCGUAGAUCCUCAGGCUUGCCAAGCAAAUCCUCAAGAGUAUGAGAGAUUAACUCGUGAUCCUGUGCGUACUCCCUUCCACUGGAAUGAUGAGCCUUUGGCUGGUUUUACAGAAGGCUCAACUACUUGGCUGCCAGUAGCUGAUAAUUAUAAAACGGUCAAUGUUAAGCGAGAAAGAGGCAUUUCUCUAAGCCAUUUAAAUAUCUACAAACAAUUGCAAAAUUUAAGAAGAGAGCCUGCUUUUCAGCAGGGUUUGGGUGAAGUGAAAGCCUUAAGUGAAGGAGUUUUGGCCAUUAAGCGUUCAUUGGGUUCCUCAACUUAUGUGAUUUUACUUAAUGUGGGCAGUAAUAUGGAAUCUGUUAAUUUGAAUGCCGCAUUUUAUGGUAUCUCCUCUCAAUUACAAUAUGUUUUGGUAACCGCUACUAGUCCCAGACGUAAGGGUGAUUUAUUGAGUUCAGCCUCUGUGUUGUUAAUGCCUAAAGAAGCUGUGGUCCUUAAGACUGUUUAAGUUUAUA